AUGUGCAUGUGUAAGAAAUGUACACUAAUUACGCAAAGACAAACCAUUAAUGCUGCGAUCAACACAAGCCGCAGACAAAAUUCGGUAGCCUUGGCGGAUGAUUUCAUCUACAAUUUGGUGACUCUCCAACAAUCAGAUUCAUCGACCAAUAAAAACAUUAAAAAAUGUGCUCGAUGUAAAAAUCAUGGAGACAUAAGUCCAUUGAAGUAUCACAAAGCGUAUUGUAAACACAGAGACUGUCAGUGUAGAUUGUGUAGUCUACUUGGUGAAAAACAGAAGAUAAGUGCUGCUCAAAUAGCAUUACGAAGACGUCGACAACAAGACGAAGAAAUGGUUAAACUGGGUCAUUCAACAGAUACUACGCCCGCUCCAGUAUUCCCUGUUCCAGUCCCUCAACCUAUACUACAAAACAAUAUCAACACCUUCCCGAUUGGUCUGGAGAAACCCCACACUAUUGCUCAUAUGCCACUCAGCGCUCCCAACCCACAAUUGAGGCCAAUGGACAGAAGUAUGAUGAAUGCAGCGUUCACUUUAGCACCAUUAGAAAGCAUGCCAUUUCCAUUAAGUCAGACGGGGGUCACAGGACCAAUUCUUCAUCAGGGGCAGGAGCAGGGGGGUUAUGUAUCACAAAGAGCCACGUGGGGGACAUGGCCCAGUGCAUCAUCCCCAAAUAUGUCAGAUAGUUAUAAAUUAUGGCGUUCAUGGUAACAUCUCUGGAUUUCCCCAACAGUAACACUUACUUAACACUUUGGAGUAUGGAAAAGGCUUGUCAAAGUUUGAGUACAGAAAAUUGGUGAUUGACACUAAGUAAAUGUUAAUGUGGUUUGAUCAAGUGUGGUACUUUUGUCUGAAUAUAUAAUGUUAAAAACAUUCAUUACAUG